AUGGCCGACAUUCCCGCAGACGACAACAAGUACCUGUUCCUGGAGAACGACUUCCGCAACAGCGGCGUGGCCCAGGCCGACUGGGGGGCCAAGAAGAUGGUGUGGGUGCCGUCGGAGAGGGAGGGGUUCGAGGCCGCCAGCGUCCGGGAGGACAAGGGCGAGGAGGUGCUGGUGGAGCUCUCCAACGGCCAGAAGAUGACGAUCCACAAGGACGACAUCCAGAAGAUGAACCCGCCCAAGUUCAGCAAGGUGGAGGACAUGGCGGCGCUCACCUUCCUCAACGAGGCGUCCGUCCUGCAGAACCUGCGCGAGAGAUACUUCUCCAGCCUGAUCUACACGUACUCGGGGCUCUUCUGCGUGGUGGUCAACCCCUACAAGAUGCUGCCCAUCUACUCGGAGAAGGUCAUCGAGAUGUACAAGGGCAAGAAGCGCCACGAGGUGCCGCCGCACAUCUACUCCAUCACGGACAACGCCUACCGGAACAUGCUGCAGGACCGCGAGGAUCAGUCCAUCCUCUGCACAGGUGAGUCUGGAGCAGGAAAGACAGAAAACACCAAGAAGGUCAUCCAGUACUUGGCCGUCAUCGCCUCGUCCCAGAAGGGCAAGAAGGAGGCCGCCAACCCCCAGCCGCAGCAGCCGGGCUCGCUGGCCUACGGGGAGCUGGAGAAGCAGCUGCUCCAGGCCAACCCCAUCCUGGAGGCCUUCGGCAACGCCAAGACCAUCAAGAACGACAACUCCUCCAGAUUCGGGAAGUUCAUCAAGCUCAACUUCGACGUGACCGGCUUCCUCGUAGGCGCCAACAUCGACACCUACCUGCUGGAGAAGUCGCGCUGCAUCCGCCAGGGCAACACCGAGAGAUCCUUCCACAUCUUCUACUACAUGGUGGCCGGAGCCCAGGACAAGAUGAAGGAGGACCUGCUGCUGGAAUCCUUCAGCAGCUACAGCUUCCUGAUCGCGGGCCACGUGGAGAUCCCCGGCCAGGAGGACGACGAGCUCUUCAAGGAGACGCUGGAGGCCAUGGAGAUCAUGGGCUUCACCGAGGAGGAGAGGAUGGGUACCCCGAGCCUCGUCACCUCGCUGACAUCUCUCUCUGAUUCUCCUCUGUCUCCCUCGGCGACCGACGCAGCGGCCCAGAAGGUUUGCCACCUGCAGGGCAUCAACGUGACGGACUUCACCCGCGCCAUGCUGACGCCCCGGAUCAAGGUGGGGAGGGAGGUGGUGCAGAAGGCCCAGACCAAGCAGCAGGCCGACUUCGCCGUGGAGGCUCUGGCCAAGGCGAUGUACGAGCGUCUGUUCCGCUGGAUCCUGGCCAGAGUCAACAAGACCCUGGACAAGAGCAAGAGACAGUCGUCCUCCUUCCUGGGAAUCCUGGACAUCGCCGGCUUCGAGAUCUUCGAGGACAACUCGUUCGAGCAGCUGUGCAUCAACUACACCAACGAGCGCCUGCAGCAGCUCUUCAACCACACCAUGUUCAUCAUGGAGCAGGAGGAGUACAAGAGGGAGGGCAUCGACUGGAGCUUCAUCGACUUCGGCCUGGACCUGCAGCCGUGCAUCGAGCUCAUCGAGAGGCCGAACAACCCGCCGGGUAUCCUGGCGCUGCUGGACGAGGAGUGCUGGUUCCCCAAAGCCAGCGACACCUCCUUCGUGGAGAAGCUGGUGAACAUGCACACAGCGCACGUGAAGUUCUGCAAACCCAAGGCUAACAGCCGCCUGGUGUUCUCCGUGCUGCACUACGCCGGCAAGGUCGACUACAACGCGGCCAGCUGGCUGACGAAGAACAUGGACCCUCUGAACGACAACGUGACGGCGCUGCUCAACAACUCGUCCAGCAACUUCAUCCAGGACCUGUGGAAAGACACGGACCGAGUGGUGGGUUUGGACACCAUGACCAAGAUGUCCGAGAGCUCGGCGCCCACCAAGUCCAAGAAGGGCAUGUUCCGCACGGUGGGCCAGCUGUACAAGGAGUCUCUGGGCAAACUGAUGACCACGCUGCACAACACGCAGCCCAACUUCGUGCGCUGCAUCAUCCCCAACCACGAGAAGAGGGCUGGUAAGAUGGACUCCAACCUGGUGCUGGACCAGCUGAGGUGUAACGGAGUGUUGGAGGGAAUCCGCAUCUGCAGGCAGGGCUUUCCAAACCGCAUCCUGUUCCAGGAAUUCAGGCAGAGGUACGAGAUACUUGCUGCCGGCUCCAUCCCCAAGGGCUUCAUGGAUGGAAAACAGGCGUGCAGUCUGAUGGUAAAGCACCUGGAUCUGGACACCAACCUUUACCGCAUCGGCCAGAGUAAGAUGUUCUUCAGGACGGGAGUUCUGGCUCAGCUGGAGGAAGAGCGGGACCUCAAACUCACCGUCGUCAUCAUCGCCUUCCAGGCUCAAGCUAGAGGCUUCCUGGGCCGCAAGGCGUUCAGUAAACGUCAGGCGCAGCUGACGGCCAUGAAGGUGAUCCAGAGGAACUGCGCCUGCUACCUGAAGCUGAAGAACUGGCAGUGGUGGAGGCUUUUCACCAAGGUGAAGCCGCUGCUGCAGGUGACCCGGCAGGAGGAGGAGAUGGGCCAGAAGGACGAGGAGCUCAAAUCGGCCAAGGAGGUGGCGGCCAAAACUGAGGCGGAGCUGAAGGACAUUUCCCAGAAACACGCGCAGCUGGUGGAGGAGAGGACGCAGCUGGAGACCAAGCUGCAGGCCGAGGCCGACAUGUACGCCGAGGCCGAGGAGAUGAGGGUUCGGCUGGAGGCCAAGAAGACGGAGCUGGAGGAGGUUCUGCACGACAUGGAGGCCCGGCUGGAGGAGGAGGAGGAGCACAGCGUGGCCCUGCAGCAGGAGAAGAAGGACAUGGAGCAGCAGCUGCAGCUGAUGGAGGCCCACAUCGCCGGGCAGGAGGACGCCCAGCAGGCCCUGCAGCUGGAGAAAGCUGCGGUGGAGGGGAAGGUGAAGAAGGUGGAGGAGGACCUGCUGGUGAUGGAGGACCAGAACAACAAGCUAGAGAGGGAGCGGAAGCUGCUGGAGGAGCGUCUGGCCGACAUGAAUUCCAACCUGGCCGAGGAGGAGGAGAAGUCCAAGAACCUGGGCAAGCUGAAGGCCAAGCACGAGUCCAUGAUCACCGACCUGGAGCAGCGCUACAAGAAGGAGGAGAAAGCUCGGCAGGACGUGGAGAAGGCGAAGAGGAAGGUGGAGGCGGAGCUGGCCGACCUGCACGAGCAGUGCAACGACCUGCAGGCCCAGCUGGCCGAGCUGAGAGCCCAGCUGGCGGCCAAAGAGGAGGAUCUGCAGGCCACGCAGGCCCGGCUGGAGGAGGAGGGCGGGCAGCGCGCCGCGGCGCUGAAGAAGAUCCGGGAGCUGGAGGCGUUGAUCUCGGAGCUGCAGGAGGACCUGGAGUCGGAGCGGGCGGCCAGGGCCAAGACCGAGGCCGCCCGGCGGGACCUGGGCGAGGAACUGAACGCCCUCCGCUCCGAGCUGGAGGACAGUCUGGACACCACGGCCGCCCAGCAGGAACUACGGGCGCGGCGGGAGCAGGAAGUGGCCCUGCUGAAGAAGAACCUGGAGGACGAGGGCCGGAGCCACGAGGCCCAGGUGCAGGACCUGAGGCAGAAACACGGCCAGGUGGUGGAGGAGCUCAGCGAGCAGCUGGAGCAGGCCAAGCGGGUCCGGGCCGGGCUGGAAAAGGCCAAGCAGGGCCUGGAGAAGGAGGCGGCGGACCUGAGCGCCGACCUGCGCUCCCUCGCCAGCUCCAAGCAGGACGUGGAGCACAAGAAGAAGAAGGUGGAGGGUCAGCUGGGCGAGAUGAACUCGCGCUUCAACGAGAGCGAGCGGCAGAGGGCCGAGCUCGGGGAGCGAGUCUCCAAGAUGACCACGGAGCUGGACGGCGUGACGAACCUGCUGAACGACGCCGAGGGGAAGAGCAUCAAGCUGAGCAAGGACGUGUCCGGCUUGUCCUCGCAGCUGCAGGACGCCCAGGAGCUGCUGUCGGAGGAGACGCGCCAGAAGCUGAGUCUGUCGGGACGCCUGCGCCAGGCGGAGGAGGACCGGAACAGCCUGAUGGAGCAGCUGGACGAGGAGGCGGAGGCCAAGCGGGCCGUGGAGCGGCAGCUCUCCGGCCUCGGCGCGCAGCUGAGCGACAGCAGGAGGAAGCUGGACGAGCUGUCGGCGGCGCUGGAGCUGCAGGAGGAGGGCAGGAAGCGGCUGCAGCGCGAGUUGGAGGCCGCCAGGGCCGAGUACGAGGAGAAGGCCUCGGCCCACGACAAGCUGGAGAAGAGCCGGGGCCGGCUGCAGCAGGAGCUGGAGGACGCGCUGGUGGACCUGGACGGCCAGCGCACGCUGCUGUCCAACCUGGACAAGAAGCAGAGGAAGUUCGACCAGAUGCUGGCGGAGGAGCGCGCCGUGUCCUCCAAGUCCUCCGAGGAGCGGGACCGGGCGGAGGCCGAGGCCCGGGAGAAGGAGACCCGGAUCCUGGCUCUGAACCGGGCCCUGGAGGAGAACCAGGCGGGCCUGGCGGAGGCGGAGAGGGCGGUGAAGGCACUGAGGGCCGAGAUGGAGCAGCUGGUCAGCUCCAAGGACGACGUGGGGAAGAGCGUCCACGACCUGGAGCGGGCCAAGCGCGGCCUGGAGGCCGUGGUGGAGGAGAUGAGGCUGCAGAUGGAGGAGCUGGAGGACGAGCUGCAGGUGGCCGAGGACGCCAAGCUGCGGCUGGAGGUCAACGGCCAGGCGGUGAAGGCGCAGCACGAGCGGGAGCUGGCGGUGCGGGAGGAGGCGGCGGAGGAGAAGAGGAGGACGCUGCUGAGACAGGUGCGGGAGCUGGAGGAGGAGCUGGAGGAGGAGAGGAAGCAGCGAGCUCAGGCCUCGGCCGGGAGGAAGAAGCUGGAGGGGGAGCUGAGGGACACGGAGGACCAGCUGGAGUCCACCAGCCGGGGACGCGACGAGGCGCUCAAGCAGCUCCGCAAAGUCCAGGGGCAGCUGAAGGACCUCCAGAGGGAGCUGGAGGACUCGCAGGCCGCCCACAAGGAGGUGCAGGCCUCGGCCCGGGAGUCUGAGCGCAGGUCCAAGGCCGUGGAGGCCGAGGUGUUCCAGAUCAACGAGAUGCUGGCGGCGGCGGAGAGAGCUCGCAAGCAGGCGGAGGCGGAGAGGGACGAGCUGUGUGAAGAGCUGGCCUCCAACCCCGGGAGGUCCGUGCCGUCGGAGGAGAAGCGGCGUCUGGAGGCCAAGGUGCUGCAGCUGGAGGAGGAGCUGGAGGAGGAGCAGGCCGGCCUGGACGGGCUGGGGGAGCGGCUGAAGAAGAGCCAGCAGCUGGUGGAGCAGCUGGGGGCCGAGCUGUCUGCCGAGAGGAACUCCUCUCAGGGACGGGAGGCGGCCCGGCAGCAGCUGGAGCGGCAGAACCGGGACCUGCGGGCGAAGCUGCAGGACCUGGAGGUCCAGGGCCGCCAUCGGCUCAAGGCCGUACAGGGGCCCAUGGAGGCCAAGCUGCGGGAGGCCGAGGAGCAGCUGGAGCUGGAGACCAGGGAGCGGCAGAGCAGCGCCAAGGCGGUGCGUCAGCGGGACAAGCGGCUGAAGGAGCUGUCCGUGCAGCUGGAGGACGAGCGUAAGCUGGCGCAGCAGCACCGCGACCAGGCGGAGAAGGGCGGCCUGCGCCUGCGGCAGCUGAAGCUGCAGCUGGAGGAGGCGGAGGAGGAGCUGCAGCGCGCCGCGGCGAGCCGCAGGAAGCUGCAGCGCGAGCUGGACGAGGCGGUGGAGGCCAACGACGGGCUGGGCAGGGAGGUGUCGUCGCUGCGGAGCAAGAUCAGACACUUCUGAUCUGGUUCAGUGUCAUUUUCCUCCUCCUCCUCCUCCCUCCUCCUUCAUCUUCAUCUUCAUGUUUUCGGGGCUUUAACUUUCCCUCCCUGAAUCUUGGCCUCCAUUCCUUCCUGUUGUCCCGCGGUGCUUUGUCUCCUCCUCCCUCCUCCUCCUCCUCCUCCUCCUCCUCCUCCUCCUCCUCCUCCUCCUCCUCCUCUCUUCUCCUGCUCCUGAUGUGUUGGGUGUCUGCAGGCGCGGCGCCGGCAGCAGCGGCGGCGGCAGCGAGGCCUUUGGCGGCAGCCCUCGCGGGGGCAGCGGCAUCAGGAGCAGCAUCAGGCAGAGGAUGAGGGAGGACUCGGUGGAGGACCCCCCCUCCCCGCCCUGGGCCCCCCAUGAGGCCCCCGAGGGGCCCUGGGCCCCCCCCGAGGGGCCAGAGGACCGCGAGGGGCCCGAAUACCCCGAGGAGCCGGAGGACCCGCAGCAGGACGGAGACUACUGCCCCCCCGACCAGUAGAGGGACGGCACAUCAGUGACCUGAUACUGAUCUAGAUGAAGAUUUAUUUAUCUGCCAGAAAUAAGAAAUCAUUUUGGAGAAGAUUUAUUCCUAAAAUGAUAAAGAUUAUAAUUAUAAGAUUGUAAAAGAUCUGCAGAAACCAGAGCGUCUGCUCCCAGAGUGCAUUGCUGCAUGACAACGAGACCCGUUUGCAUUAAAAUGGAUUAAAUAUGAAUAAACUCUGGCAGCAGACGUUUGUGUUUCUCUAGAAACAUCGCUGAUGUCUUUCCUUAUUGGCCUUGUGUUAUUCAAUGUGUCAUUUUCAACAAUUUUCACACCAAUUUGAUGAUUUGUGGAGCUGAAGACU